GGUCAGUACAUUUUACGUCCUCCCACUCUGCUUAUGUUGUCAAGCUUUGCCAGACGCAUCUCACCGUGGAUCCUCUGUUAUGGCUUGAAGCAUUACUAACGAGUUGUCGUUGCCUGUCCUUUUAGAAAGCGUUGGAUACCUGCUGUGCGAAAAGACAGUCGUGAGGCUAAUCAUGAGGACAACAAGCCAACCCAAUUGUUGAUGUGCUCCUCGAUUUCAUUUGUCCGUGCGACUCGGUACAAACGUUGUGAAGCGAACCACAGGCAAACUCCCGCGUAUGUAUAUAUAUGUGUAUUCUCGAACCUAGUAUAGAUGUGUUCUUGCUUUCAACGGCUUUUCUACAUCUAGCUAUUGCCAUCUAUCUUCCAAUGGUUCUGGAAGUGUUGGACGGUACACUUUCGAAGGGUGUCCUGGCCGUCAUAGUCUCGUGGAUCACAUGGAAGAUUGUUGGUCAUUUGUUCUCUCGUUCUCCUUUGGAUAACAUCCCCGGUCCCACAAAUAGUUCAUUCCUGAAAGGAAAUGUCGAUCGUUUGUUUGAUCGUCACGGUUGGGACUUCCAAGACGAGAUUGGUGAGAAGUAUGGUCCUGUUGUCAAGCUAAUGGGGCCUCUAGGGCGCAAGAUGUUAUUCGUAUUCGAUCCCAAGGCAUUGCAUCACAUUGUCGUCAAGGACCAAUUUAUAUAUGAGCAAUCUGGCUUUACUGGGACGUCUAUUCAUGCUACCAUUGGGCCCGGGCUGUUUUCGACAUUUGGUGAACAUCAUCGUCGGCAGCGCAAAACGCUCAACCCGGUCUUUUCUAUCAAUCACAUGAGACGGAUGACACCAAUAUUUUAUCGGGUUGCUCAUAAUCUAAGAGGUGGUUUGAAGAAAGAAUUGGACAACAGAGAUGGAGAUGUAGACGUUCUUCGUUGGAUGCAUCGUACCGCGCUCGAGUUGAUUGGUCAAGGUGGCCUCGGUUACUCCUUCGAUCCUCUGCUGGAGGAUCGACAUGACGACUACGCCGCCGCGAUGAAAGAAUUCUUGCCGGCUCUGUUCAAUAUUUCCGUGCUGCGCCUGGUGUGGUAUAAGUUCCAACCCCUACUUUCAGCGUUGUUCCCCAAGUACAUUCUUCGUUUGAUGGUGGAUUCUCUCCCCAUCAAACGUGUCCAGUAUAUGAAACAGCUUUCCGAUACCAUGUAUCAAAAUGCGACAUCUGUCCUUCAGCUCAAGAAGGAUGCGCUUCGAGCUGGCGACGAAGUGGUCAUUAAGCAAGUCGGUGAAGGGAAGGACGUUAUCAGUGUCUUGCUACGUGCCAAUAUGGAGGCGUCCGAGGAAGAACGCAUGCCUGAAGAGGAACUCCUGGCUCAAAUGUCUGUCCUAGUCCUCGCAGCAACCGAUACAACUUCAAAUACGCUCGCUCAGAUUAUGCAGACCCUUGCAACACAUCCCGAAGCCCAAGAGAAACUACGAACUGAGAUCCUCCAAGCACGUGACGAAGCAGACGGAGAUAUAUCGUAUGAUAAACUCAUUGCUUUGCCAUACAUGGAUGCUGUUUGCCGGGAGACUCUACGAUUGUAUCCCCCGUCCACAUUCGUAUCUCGAGAGACUAAGAAAGAUGUCGUUAUGCCGUUGUCACAACCGAUUCAUGGUGUCGACGGUCAGCCCAUACAGGAAAUACCCAUUCCGAAAGAUACAUCUGUCGUCAUCGGUAUUCGAGCUUCUAACCUAAACAGAGAAAUCUGGGGUGAUGAUGUCAGGGAGUGGAAACCGGAGCGUUGGCUUGAGCCCCUUCCCAAGACUGUCACUGAAGCUCACAUCCCAGGCGUUUACUCAAACCAAAUGACUUUCCUUGGCGGAGGACGGAGCUGCCUCGGGUUUAAGUUUUCUCAGUUGGAAAUGAGCAAGUCCCGGUCGCUCUUUGAUCUUCGUGCUUCGCUUACACUCUUGCAAUUCUUUAGAGGUCGUGCUUUCGACCCUUCUCGAGUCGUUCCGUUUCUCCCCAUCGAAGGUGGCUAAGGAUGUACAUUGGAACCUUGCUGCUGUCAGGUAUCCCACAAUUGGGAAGGAUUCAACGAAUCCACAACUUCUGAUGUCGGUGGAGCUGCUUUGAACAUAUAGCGUCUAAGAACGAAUCUCAUUUAGUUCUGUUGUCCAUGAAAGCCGCGAAUGCGUUGGAUGUGGCCAUAUUGAUCUGGUCAUCGAGACAAUUACUACACUACAGUCGUUUACGUUGGAUAGAGAUUUGUAGAGUAUCAUUAUACAGAUGAAUGCGUGAGCGUGUUGGCGUUGUUCAGUUC